AUGAUCUAUUUUGAUAAAGAAUCUUAAACAAAUUCUUCCAUAUAUGCAAUUAAGUUAAAUAUCAUAUCCAAAUAGAAGCAAUAAAAAAGGUUUAUUCUGAUACAAAAAAGCUAAGUUCGAUUGGUUAGGGCCAAAAGAUUCUUAGCAAUUAAUGAGUAAUUGCUUGAUGAUACAGUAAUAUUAAAUUUCCAUAUAAUUUUAUAAUUUCUGAGAUAUGCUAUUCUUUUUGAUUCUUGGUUUAUAUUUUUAAUAAAAAGAGUAUUUUCUAUUCAUUAUAUCUUUUUGAACGCCUCGAUCUUGAGAAUGUGAAAGCUCGAAGCAUAUCUUAAUAUCAUUAAAUCUACUAACAUUGUCAAGUUAAAUUAAACUAGCUACAUUUUAGAAUCAAAGGCAUAUAAUGUAUUGAAAGUAAAAUUUGAUAAUAAGUUAUUUAAAGUUUUGGGUCAUAUAUGAUGGAUUAAUUCAAAAAAGAGUUUAAUAGAUAAAUUUACAUCUUAAGAUUAAGAGAGAAAAGAAAGUGAUAUUUUAGAAUCAAAUUUUAUAAUCUAUAUAUUUCUGUCUACAAUUGGAAUUGCGCAAUAUUCACAACCAAAAGGUCUCCCUAAAUUAUAAUAUAUUUCAAAUCUAUUUAAGAUUCAAUUAAGUAACGAAUUGAAGAUAUUUAAGUUGCUGUAAUAGGCUCUAAUAAUUAGACAUAGAUAAAUUAUUCAUUUAUUAAUCUAAUUAUAUGAAGAUGAAAAUGAGAAUUUUAUAUAUAGGAAACCAUUACAAGUUGAUGUUAAGAAAAGAACUAAAAAUGAACUUGCUUAGGAUACUUCUAUUGGAAGGAUUUUUAAAUAGAGAAAAAGGGUAUCUAUACUGAUAAUUUUGUAUUUGUGGGUUUGCCUAAUUUAAGACUGA